UUUGCGUUUAACACAAUAACAACUAACAAGGUCUUACAAUUUUAUUUAAACUUUUAUCUUUGCCAGUGGCACAGCACUUUCGACUCCUAAAUCCCCACCAAGUGCGAUAAACCCACACAGAUAAACUGUAUUCGCUCUCCAACUACUCAACUCCAGUGAUUGAGUUACCUGUUGAGGUUUUGGAACGCCAGUGGCCUGUUUUGAUUAGUAAUAAAAACUAAGCAAUUGUGACUAAAUCAUUGACAGGCGUCCCCCACUUACUCCGUGCCAUGCGAGUCGAUUGAUUGCUUUCCUCGAAGAUGCGCGGAAUUGAGGGCAAAGUUGUGGUGCUCGGAUCGCGAGAAUCCGUAGAUUGCACGUAAUUCCAGCAUUUGUAAGGCGAUAAGCAGCAGAAGCAGCAACGAACAUACCCUGGGCGUGGGCAAGACGCGUUUGGUCAUCCGAUACAUCAAGAACACAUUGCAUCGCAGCGAGAGCGAGGUGCCGACAAUAGCCGUCUCCUUUUUCACGUGCAACAUCAUCUUGGACGAGGUCAAAAUCAAAUUGCAAAUCUGGGACACCGCUGGCCAGGAGCGCUACCGGGCGGUGGCACCUAUGUACUAUCGGAAUGCGAAUGCCGCCAUUCUGGUUUUCGAUCUGACACAGUAUAAGACGUUUACGGAAAUCAAGUCCUGGAUACAGGAGCUGCAUCGCAAUGUCCAGGAUCCGAUGAUACUGACGCUGGUGGGCAACAAGAUGGACAUGCAGGCGCAGCGUGCCGUCUCCCGCGACGAGGCUUUCCUGUUUGCCACCUCCAUUGGGGCCACCUACUUUGAGACCUCCACCGAAACGGAUCAGGGCCUGGAGCAGGUCUUUCUCUCAACGGCUUUGGGGAUGGUGCGUCUCGCCGACGAAGGUAAGAGCCAUUCGCUGCGCUCCUUCGAGUCCACCGAUUCCCUGGCCUACACCAACACCAACACUGCUUUUAGUCACACUGUGGCCGCCUUGGCUCGGAGUCCGGGCAAUGCUGCCUUCCGACUGCCGUACGUGGACAUCGGCCUGGCCGUUGAGGGCGAGGAUGUGAAAACGAAUGGUGUCGGCCGCCUGGAGACGCCGCCCUGGAGCAUUGAGCACAUAGCCCUCGGCGAGGUGGAGAGGCCCAGCUGGUGCUGCUAUUAAGCGGCCCCUGCGACUAUUAUCAAAGAACCAACAAUGUGAUGUUAACAAAAUCAGAUUUAUCUAAGUUCGAAUAUAUCUACGAAUGCCAAUACGGAUAUCCCAAUAACAGCAAAGCAAACAUAGCUUGAAGCUAUAUAGUACUUUUAAACACACUGAUUAGGCUACAGCGCGGAGUUUCUCGAUCCAUUGACAAGGCGCCUGGACUACCCGCUUCAUCUUAAUCUUAAUUCUAGAUCCUAAGCGUAUUCAGCAAUCGCCGCAUGCAUAUUAUUUAUAACUAUAUGGUGAAAAGUUCAUUUGACCUUGCAUUCAAGUACACACCACCACAGGACGCAAACCAAGCCACAGGGAAAAAAAGCUCCAACACACUCUCACACAAACACCACCAAAUUCAUGUACAAAGAAAUUUUUAUACCGCUUGGAUACAAAAAAGAAA